UAAUAAAGCACUGAGGCUAUAAAGCGUUCGCAUAACCUAGACUAAAUUGUCAACAUUUUUGUUUAGUGUUUGUACCAAAAUGUCAAAAUUCAGCUACCCAGCAGCAAAAAGAGACGACACGGUUGUAAACGAAUAUGGUGACCAAAAGAUACCUGACCCGUACCAAUGGCUUGAGGAUCCGGACAGCGAGGAGACGAGGGCAUUUGUUGAUGCCCAGAAUGCCGUGUCCCGGCCUUACAUCGAGGCAUGUCCAGUACGAACCAAACUCCAACAAAGGACAACAGAAAUGUGGGACUACCCGAAGUAUGGGUGCCCGUCAAAAUACGGCUCAAGUUAUUACUACUCUUACAACACUGGGCUACAAAAUCAAAGUGUCCACUAUGUGCAGGACUCAUUAGACAGUGAGGCCCGGGUUUUCCUGGAUCCUAAUAAACUCUCUGAGGAUGGGACAAUUGCUGUUACGGGGAGGGCUUUCUCUGAGUCUGGGAAAUACAUGGCGUAUGGGCUCAGCGAGAGUGGCUCGGACUGGAACACAAUCAAGUUUAAGACAGCCCCCAGCGCUGAGGAUCUUCCCGAUGUGCUGACCCGUGUCAAGUUCUCCUCCAUGGCCUGGACACACGAUGACAAGGGCAUCUUUUACAAUCGUUACCCAGAGGGAGACGGGAAGGCCGAUGGGACGGAGACAACGUCUAAUCUUCAUCAGAAGCUCUACUACCAUGUGCUGGGAACCAGUCAGUCAGAAGACAUCCUGGUGGCAGAGUUUCCUGACCACCCACAGUGGAUGAUAGGUGCGGAGGUGAGUGACUGUGGGCGAUAUCUCGUGAUGGCCAUUCGUCAAGGAUGUGACCCCGUUAACAGGUUAUAUUUUACCGAUCUCUCUCUACUGAUAGGAGGUAUUGACGGCCUUGUGCCUUUUGUGAAGGUGGUGGACAACUUUGAUGCAGAAUAUGAGUACAUCACCAACGAAGAGAGCCUGUUCACGUUCAAAACAAACCUGAACUCGCCAAACUACAAACUCAUCAAUAUCGACUUCAGCAAUCAUGCUAUGGAACACUGGGUGACACUCGUUCCAGAGCACGAGAAGAAUGUGCUUGAGUGGGCUGCCUGUGUCCAUGGCAACAGACUGGUUCUUUGUUAUCUGGAAGAUGUCAAGAAUCAGCUGUAUGUGCAUGAACUGGUGUUGGGCAGUCAGCUCUGUCACUUGCCGCUGGAGGUCGGCACAAUUGUUGGGUACUCUGGCAAGAAGAAGGACGAUGAGGUGUUUUACCAGUUCAUGUCUUUCCUGACCCCCGGCAUCAUCUACCGCUGUUCCAUGUAUGGCGGCCAGUUCCAACCAAAGGUGUUCAGGGACAUCAAAGUCAAGAAUUUCCAAUUUGAAGAAUUUACAACGGACCAGGUUUUCUACACCAGCAAAGACGGCACUAAGAUUCCCAUGUUCCUAGUCCACAAGAAGGGUCUGAAGAUGGAUGGCAAUAACCCGGUGAUGCUCUAUGGAUAUGGAGGAUUUAACAUCUCCAUCACCCCGAGCUUCUCUGUAUCCCGCCUCGUCUUUCUCCAGCACCUCGGUGGAGUCUAUGCAGUGGCAAACAUACGGGGAGGAGGGGAGUAUGGUGAAACAUGGCACAAGGCCGGCAUGUUGGCCAACAAACAAAACGUGUUUGAUGACUUCCAGGCAGCUGCUGAAUACCUGGUAGAGAAUAAAUACACAUCACAUAAAAGGUUGAUAAUCAACGGGGGCUCCAAUGGGGGCCUGUUGGUCGGCGCGUGUGCCAAUCAGAGGCCGGAAUUGUUUGGAUGUGCAAUAGCUCAAGUCGGUGUUAUGGAUAUGCUCAAGUUCCACAAGUUUACCAUUGGUCACGCCUGGACUACGGACUUUGGUUGCUCUGAUGAUCCAGAGCAGUUCAAGUGGCUUAUAAAAUAUUCGCCACUACACAACACAGCAGUACCUAAGGGAGACCAACAAUACCCGGCCAUGUUGCUAAUGACAGGGGACCAUGAUGAUAGAGUUGUUCCCCUUCAUUCACUCAAGUUCAUAGCUGAGCUGCAGCAUGUUAUGGGACCAGUAGAAAAACAGACCAAUCCGUUGAUGAUCAGAGUGGACACAAAGUCAGGACACGGUGCUGGAAAACCGACUGCAAAAAUUAUUGAAGAAUUGAGUGACAUGUACAGUUUUAUAUACCAGUCGCUCGGCCUACAGUGGAUCGAAGCCUAAACUUCACAUAUGGCUAUUUACAUGAGACUUUCAUUUACAUUUUGUGUAUUAUGCUUGAGUCUUCAGUUGCAUGAGGGCUAGUAGAUUUAUAUAAAAUUUACAUUAAGCUAUUUAGGAUAUAUUAUAGCAGAUGAAGAAUGUGAUUGUAUUAAUUAGACGAUUCUUCAUUUAUGAUUUAUUUUUUGAAAAUUAUUUGGUUCUUAUUUCUGUUAUGUUUGUGCUAUGUCCUAUCCAGCGUAUGCAGAAAAUGAUUAUUUAAUUAUGAUCAAAAUAUUGUUUUGAUCUGUAAAUGUGCUUUUGUGUAACAUGCAAAUCAUGGUAGACAUAUAGGGAUGGCUUUGUCCUGCUUCAUCUUUGUCGCUGUCCUAAUUUUAUUUUUUAUCAAUAACUUUUCAACAACUUAGUGCUGGGUCUUCAAACUUGGUAUGGACAUUGGUCAUGGCCAGUAGAUUGAUUCAGGUCAUGUUGGCAUUCACUUAUAAGAAAUGUAAUACAUCUGAAUUGUUGAAUUAUAGUUCUCACUUGGAAUCUUUUCUGCUUGUCUGUUUUAAAGGCAUUUUGAAUAUUUAAGGUAUUCUCAUAGCCUUGGUGUUGCAGGUGUGCUAAAACUUUUACUAAACUUAAACUAUUCAAGAGUUUUGAAUGAAACUUGGAACAAAUGUUGCCGACAUUGGUGAUUGCUCGGCAGCACUUUUGUUAGAUUAAGGUCAGUGUGUUAUAACAUAACAUCACAUAACAUGUGGGACUAGCCAAUAUACUGUCGAUUUGUUCUGUCUACCUUUUUUAUCAACAGUUUUCUUGAUAAUUCUUAUAUUUCUCAAACCAUUUAGCAGUUGAAAUGAACGUAUGAUUCUGUAUAUUAAUUGAAAUUAUGUAACAAAGGAUUUGCUGAACAAUCUUGCAACUAAUCAUUAUUAGUUGUAGCUGCAAAUGCUGCCUUGAACGUUUUUUUUAAUGUUUUAAUUUAUCUGGUAUUGGAUUCAUGGAAAAUCUUGAAUAAAAAAAGAAUAUUAUCUGAAAAGACAAUCCUCACAUGUUUAAUUUCACAAAUAUUUGAAAUAAGUAUAUUUAAAAAAAAAUGGUCAAGAUUCAGUUUAGAAAUUGCUGUUUCUUAAAAUGAUACUAUUUAAACACAUCAUAUUUGUUGAAGAAAUAUUACUUGUCAAAAUGUGAAUAUUAAGUUUAAUUACUCUUUUUUUAUUUAGAUUCUAUAUGUUGCUUUGGACUCUGUGUCCAGGCGCUAUAUUCAAUAACAAAUAUAGAUUGAACUUUUCAAAUUUUGAUUAGAACCAAAGUGUUUUGAUUGGCCUGUAUAUUUAGCUGACCAGUAGGUUGAAUGGAAUCACUGAGGCAUGUCUAAGGAUAAGGACGAAUACUGGCCCAGGAGGCCGUCUCAGUAAAGAUCUUAGUCGAUUUUAUUCGUAAAUUGAAAUUGUCUUAGUGACAAAGUUUCAUAAUUUUGCUACAUAAUUGUGUAAAUUACACUUAAGCCAACAUGGAAAAUGAACAAGAAGUUAGGAAAAUAAAAUAAAAUGAUACAAAAAAAAGAAUUGCCAUAUCUUAAGUUUAAACAGAUUAAAGUUAUUAAUUGAAGAUAAUUGAGGUCACUACUGAAAUCCUUCAUCCUCUGUUUUAUUAAAGGAUCUUAUUAGUAAUCAGUAGGGACGUCGAAGAAUGCUACGGGUAGAUUUUUUGCAGAAGUUGCAGAAUUCACAAAAAAAAAACAAUAUAUUAAUAUACACAUCUUGAGAUAACAAAAAUAUGACACUAAGAUGACACUAAGAUGAUUUCAUUUUACGACUCAGAUCUUUAUUAAAGCCUGUUCUUAUGGAUUAGUAGCAGGCACAUUUUAACCUGCUGUUAUUUUUGAUGCAUUUCUACUUCUGUGCUUAUUUUCUUUGUUUAUUACUGUGAUCUACAUACAAAUAAAACUUCUAACAAAAUUGCA